AUGGCGAAAGAAGACUCAGCCCACAACUCCGAGCGACUGGAAUCCGAAAAAGCUUUGAUCGCCAAGAGGUUUAAGGAGUUGCAUUACCUUGCUAUGCUUGAUCCUUCUGAACAUCACCUAGGCAGUUCAGGCAGGCCUUCCUCUCUGUCCACCGCAUUGAUACCCGAAAACGUCGACUCGACGGCAGCUUCACUGCACCGACUCCACUCAAGUAUUCUCCCGGAGCUCCGCAAGCUAGUUACCGAGCUACGCACGCUGAUUACAACUCCUUUCGAGUUAUGGAAGCGGCCUUGUGACGUCCAGAAAGAACCCGGCGAACUAGUCGAACUCAUCUCCAAGUCUCUAUCAGAACUGGAGCUACUUUUCGAUCAAUUCCUCGAUGUGAUGAAGAUACUCCGUCCGGGCCAAUACCUCCACAUGAGCAACCGUAGAGCUCGGGAUGUUUACGAAUACUCAUUCGACUGGUUGACCAGUUAUUUUGGCGACUUCUGUUGGGACUCGUGUGAACUUAUAACAACGUCAACGGAAGAAACCGACUGGGACUCGGACUCAGACUCCGACUCCGAGAACUGUACUCGUGCUCCAUAUGCGAAAAAACAGGUUGAUCAACAUGCAAAAGAUAUGCUCUAUGCGAUUGAUCGGACCCUCGAGUUGAUAGAAGGAAGUAAAUCCGACAUCGUUGCAGAUCACUGGUCUUUCCCCAACUCUUCCAUCAAUCAAAAACCCAAAGAGCUCUUCAACCUCAUCAACCGGACCAACACCUCCUGGUGGGAGGUGCCCCUCAGUCAACCCGUCCGCAAUGUAGCUAAAUGGUUUGCACCCAUCAUCAAGCUCUUGAGUAUUUUUUUUGCGAAGUUAUCAGCACGUCGAACGGGCGAAAACCGACACCAGUUAUUUACCAAAAUGCGCUUCGAUGAACUGGAUAUAAUAGGAGGAUUAGCUUGGCAUGUCGAUACCGAACUUGAAAAUGUAUUGAAUAUAUUGAAACAAGGCGAUACGGAUGGUCUAUCCACCACUGGAAAAUUGCUCACUCAAACCCUUAGAACGCUCGUUUCCCACUUCAACGAUCGAUUGCGCCUCAUCAAAUCCCACUUCGUUCCAAUCAUUCCAGACACCAAUAACCCUUCAACAAGUCAAGCUGACUGGCAGCGUUGGUUUGCUCUUUGGAACUCUGGGUUUACUUUAGUCAUCAGGAAUGUCAAGAAAAAAACGAGGCGGUUGAUGAGGACUUAA